AUGCAUCACCUGCCUCUCUUUCUCCUCAUCUCGUGCAGCGGCUCGGUCGCGCUGCAGCUCUCGGCGCCCCGCGCACCCGCGCCGAUGGCAGUCCGGGCGCCAGCGCCGGCGGCUUUCUUUGGUUUUGGCAAGAAAGAGUCACGGCCGACAGAGCAGCGGUCGACGAAAGGAACCUUCCUGGAGCAGUUCGAUCCCCAAUACUCGCCUGAUGAGCGAAAGGCGCGGCUGGAGACGGGCACCAACUGGGUCCCGCGCACGUCGACCGUCAAGGGAGAAGGGUACCAGUUCUUCCAGGGUCCAACGCCAAAGACGGGCGAUCAGGGGCUCGCCAGCUUUUUUGACUUUGAGGGCGCGAGCGGUCUCUCCGGCGUCGAGGCGGCCUUCGCUGGUGUCGCUGCCGCGGGCACCCUCGGCCUCGCCAUUUUCCUCGUCGCGAGCUAA